AUGAUUUUUUCGGUUAUUUGGAUCAAGGCAGUUGCUUUAAUCAGUGUUCUACUGAUGAACACCCACCGAGCAGACAUGACAUUAGACGAAGUGGAGACCACUCUGCAGUUUGAAAUUGAAACGAAUUCUUCUCAAAUGGUGAUAAAUCCAGAUGGCCCUCUUAACUUCCUCCGUGGAUACAUAUACCAGAAAAUGGAGUGCAUGUACAACAAAAGAUU